AUGUUAUUAAAACAAACAAAUUCAAAUACCGAUCUUGCCUCAAAAUAUCCACCCGAAGUUGAAUGCUGCAAUGUGUCUGCCAUCGGUGAAACACUUCAGGAAAAUGUUGAAAGAACGACCUUAGUUUCAUCGGAAAACCAGCACGAAGAAAGUGAUUCCGAUGCAAGUAGUGUCGGUGAUCACUUGGUGAAUCCAGAAAUGAUAAACUUGAACGAAUCAUUUUUUUCAUCGGUGUUCCAAAUCCAACCCAAUAGUACAACGAAUGCUGUUAAUGUUGAUUUGAUACAGGAAGAUUCUGAAAACGAUGGUUGCAUUCUCGAUAGAAAUGUAGAAUAUUCGACCACCCAAGAGGAUGAUGACCGAAUGUAUCAAAUAUAUACACAAUUGUCUGAUUUCAACAAAAUACUCUCUGGAGCAAACAUAGGCAGCACGUCGAAGGCUCAAGCAACUAAAAAACACAAUGCAUCGCAAGAGUCUCAAACGAGAAUAUGCGAUGUUUCUGCAUUGCUUUCCCAAACAGAAGGAAUAUUUCAGAUGGAUGCGGUCAAAGAUGAUAACCGCGAUUGGGAAAAUGUACAAGAUGAACAAACUGAGGCGAAGAAUGACUUAGAAAUAAUUGUUUCAAACAAAAGCCUACAACCGGGUAGGGUAGUUGAUGUAGCUCAGAGCUUAAGAAGAUUGGAGCAAGAAAAAAGAAAUAAAAUAUGCUUAUCGACGCAUCAAACACACCUGUUGCUGCUUCUGUCGCAUGGAAUCGAGAUUAACCGAAUUCUCAAUUAUUGUUUGGUGGAAUAUGCUUCUCAUGUGUACGAUUUGGUAGCGAACAGCGAUUUAUCAUUACCCGCGGCAAUCGAUGAUAGUUUUAUCAAAUCAAUAGUUGUGUAUUAUAAGGAUGUGAUACAGCUUACCCCAAGUAAAAGUUCAGCAAAAAAUAUAAAAAUUGCAUCAAUUGGAGCACAGCUCGUUUCUCGCAUGGCAUCUAGUAGGAAAAUGCUGAAUUUAAUGCUUCUUAUUCUGCUGCGUUUUCUAAGCGUUCGUUCAAGACUAGUCAUUAAUUUAGAUGUAAUGCCUAAACGCCCGCCAACCGCUAAACCAACGCGAAAAGCCAAAGACCAACACUGUGGUGAAGCAUUUCCUUCCAAGGCACGCUAUGGCCAUGUGCCUUUGACAACUACUGAAAUACUGAAACAUAAGCCGGAAAUGCAAAGAUGGCUCCAACUAUCGCAGCUAGAUGGCGCGGAUGAUCAAGUUAUGUGUGAGGAUUCGAUUCCAGUUAAAAAAUGUCGCAUUGAUGUUUCUCGUACUAAACCGAAACUAUGGAAGUUGAAGUCACGAUCCGAUUUAAAAGCAAACGUUUCAGACAAUUCUAAACUUUUGAAGCGUAAACCUUCAACGAAUCUCUGCGAUAGUAAAAAUUUGAAAACUAAGAUGAGUAACGAUAAAAACGAAACAAAUAUAAUGCAACGUGUGCCUGAACUUGACCUUUGGAUUGAAUGUUUUCUGGAAAACGAACAGCGUUGGGCUGUAGUAGAAGCUGGAAUAGGACAGAUCGAUUGUUUGGAGCAGGUUAUUGAUUGUAUUCAGGAUCCGCCAGUGUACGUAUUUGCCUGGGAGGCGGACGGAACCAUUGUCGAUGUGGCGGAACGCUAUUGGUGGAAAAAUGAAUCGAAAUCGUUAAAGGAAAGAGUUGAUAGAAAAUGGCUUCUGAAGGCGCUUAGACGAUACCGUCCUCCGAUGGUGGACGUGGCUUACAUGCGAGAACAGCAUGAAUUUCGGCAGCUUAAAUUUCGUGCUCCGAUGCCAACAACCGUAGCUAGAUUCAAAAAUCAUCCAUCGUACUGCUUGAAGAUCCAUUUACAGAAAUUCCAAGCAAUCUAUCCCCCGGACGCACCUCCUCUUGGGUUCAUUGCAGGCGAACCCAUUUACGCUCGAGAGUGCGUACACAUGCUGCAUUCUCGUGAGGUUUGGUUACGACACGCGAAAACCAUCCGAAUGCACGAAGGACCGUAUAAAAUAGUCAAGUCUAAGCUGCGGCGUGAGCAAAUAGAUCUGGAACUGUUUGGGUACUGGCAGACAGAAGACUACAUCCCACCUGAGCCUGUAGGAGGCAUCGUGCCGCGAAAUGCAUUUGGCAAUAUUGAAAUUUUCCAGGAGUGCAUGAUACCGAAGGGUACAGUUCACCUCAAGCAAUACGGAUUAUCACACAUAUGUCGGAAGCUGAAAAUCGACUACGCUGUAGCUGUAGUUGGUUUUGGAGUACACGCCGGUGGAAAUCAUCCUAUAUUUGAUGGUAUUGUAAUAUGUGAAGAACACCGCGAACGCUUACUGGAUGCUUGGGAACGCUACCAGGAAGAGGCAAUCCAGAAAAAGAAAGAUAAGAAAUUAAACGAAGUGCUAAACAAUUGGGUUAAACUAGUCAAGGGUUUGCUAGUGCGCAGGAGAUUAAAAAACAAGUACAACUUCGACGGAAUGUAAGAUGUGUGUGAUU